AUGCCCAAGAAGGAGAAGAAGCCCGAGACGGAGGCGGACCGCAAGUACCGUCUCCAGCAGGAGGCCUUCGAGGCCGAGGAGCGCGCCCGCAAGCAUGAGGAGGAGCACCGGCUCAAGCUGCGGCAGCGGCAGGUCCGCGAGCAGCGGUACGCCGCCGUCAACGCGCCGAAAAUCCACGCGGCGUGGCGGCAGAUCAUGCGGCAGGCCAAGGUCGACGAGCUGCGGCACGAGAUCCAGGUCCUGAGCCAGGCGCACGAGCGCGAGGUCGACCGCAAGGACGCCAUCAUCCAGAUGCUAGACCGGGACCUCGACGACCUGGAGGACCAGUAUCUGAUGGCGCUGCGGGGCCACACGCGUUCGAUCAACGCGCUGCUGGACCUGCAGCACCUGCGGAUGCGCGGCGCGCAGGAGCAGUUCGACAGCGCGUGCACGGCGCUGGAGGCGGAGUUCGACGCCGAGCGCGCGGAGAUUCAGAACGGGCACGCGCGGCACCGGAAGGACCUGGAGGACAUCCUGCACGCGAUGCAGCAGGAGUUCGACGCGGCCGCGGGCGAGGCGCGGCAGGACUUCGAGUCGAAGAGGGAGGAGAUCAAGAAUCGGAACUCGGAGGAGUACAACGUGCUGAAGAUCAGCCUGGACUCGACGAUCGAGGAGCUGAAGCGGCACCUCGAGCAGGCGCACCAGGCGUACCUCACGUCGACCGAGGCGCGCACGAACGCGUUCCGGCAGCUCACGCGGAACGACGCGCAGAGCGCGCAGGUGAUCGAGCGACGCAUGAACCGGCUGCUGCGGCUCCAGGAGGCGCUCGCGCACUGGCGGACGAAGAUCUCGACGAACAGCGCGGAGUGGGAGGAGCGCAACGCCGCGCUGCGCGACGAGAAGGACGGCAUGCAGAAGCACUACACCGGCCUGAAGCUGCAGAUGGACCGCUUCCGGCGGCAGCAGCAGCACCGGCUGCGGGAGCUGUCGAAGAACUCGUCCGCGUCGAUCGACGGCCUGAACGAGCGCAUCCGGCUCGCGGAGCGCAUCCUGAAGCUCGGGGAGCUGUGUCGCCGCCUCGAGACGGACCAGGAGAAGGUGACGCCGUUCUGGUCGAGCGCGGCGGCGCUCGCGGACGAGGUGCUCGCGGAGGAGGGCGCGGAGCUGCGGAAGGAGCUGGGGCUGGGGCCCGAGGAGGCCCCCGAGCAGCAGAAGGCGGGGGGGCUGGCGCGGACGCCCGGGCGGCCGCGCACGCAGCAGCACGUCACGAUGGCGGAGAACGUGGUCGCCGCGAACGACGAGGCGUCCGCGACGCUGCCGCAGGGCCGGCAGGACGACGCGCCGGCCGCGGACGCCGCCGCGGCGGGGCCGGCGGACGCGGCGGGCGCGGGCGGCGAGGCGACGGCGUCGGGGCCGACUGCGGUGGGCGUGGACCGCGACGGGAAGACGAUCGCGGAGUGGAACUACCUCGACCAGUUCCUGAAGAAGUUCAACAAGGCGCUGCUGGACUCGGCGUCGAUAUCGCGCGAGCACCGGCGGCUGCUGGAGGAGAACGAGGGCCUGAAGAACGUGCUGCGACGGUACCUGCAGGGCAUCAGCGUGAGCGAGGACGUGAUGCGGAACCCCGCGAACCCGCUGCUCGUGGUGAACAACCGCCUGCAGCAGGCGAUCCGGCAGCAGAUGACGAGUGCGGCGUCGGGGGUGGGGGAGGUGUCGCGCGGGACGACGCGCGGGGCAGCGGCGAUCCGCGCGGGCGCGGGCGGGAGCGCCGGAACGAACACUGGCGAGGAGGCGCUGCUCGAGGUCGUCGCGGGGCAGGGCGCGAACUGA